AUGAAGGAGGCUGCGCUGCCAGCUCCAAGACGCCUGGGCACCAACAGGAGACCCCUGGCUGCCAUGUGGAAGAGAAAAAAGUUGUCAGUGCUUGAAAUCUUGGCUGUGAUUCAGACCCUGGCUCUCCUCAGCUUCUUUGCUCAGCUUUACAGCAGGAAAAGUCCACAACUAGAGAAGCCAGCCCAGGCUCACAUCCUCAUCCUGUCAUCGUGGAGGUCAGGGUCCUCCUUUCUGGGGCAGCUCUUCAGCCAGCACCCGGACGUCUUCUACUUGAUGGAGCCUGCCUGGCACGUGUGGGCAGCCAUGCAGCAAAACAGUGCCAAGGUGUUGCACAUGGCCGUGCGGGACCUAGUCCGUUCCGUCUUCAAGUGUGACAUGUCUGUCUUUGAUGCCUACAUGCUGGAACGCAGGAAUAAGUCUGCCCUCUUCCAGUGGGAAGCCAGCCGGGCCUUGUGCUCCCCACCAGCCUGUAACUCCUUCCAACGCAGUGACAUAAUUACUAAGGAUGCUUGCAGAACCCUCUGUGGCAAGUACCCCUUCAGCAAAGUGGAGGAGGCCUGCAAGACCUACAGCCACGUAGUCCUGAAGGAGGUCCGGUUCUUUGACCUCAAGGUGCUCUAUCCUCUCCUCGCUGACCCCUCGCUGAACCUCAAAAUCAUCCACUUGGUCCGUGACCCCAGGGCUGUUUUCCACUCCCGCAAGAACACGGCAGCACUACUGGCUCAUGACAACAAGAUUGUGGUGAGGCACCAGGGCCAGGCCAUGGAGCCCGAGGACUCCUACAUCGUCAUGCAGGAGAUCUGCAAGAGCCACAUGAAGAUCUACAAAGAAGGCAGGUGGGGUCUUCCUGGCCGCCUCCGAGACCGCUAUCUACUGGUUCGCUAUGAAGACAUUGUGCACGAUCCUGUGGCUGAGGCUGCCCGGCUGUACAGCUUUGCAGGACUCUGCUUCAUGCCCAACCUUCAGUCCUGGGUGCACAACAUCACGCAUGGGCAAGGUCUGGGCAGGCGAGCCUUUGACACAGAUGCCAGAGAUGCGCUUGAUGUGUCUCAGGCUUGGAGGAGAAGCCUCCCCUAUCUCCAGAUAGCAAAGCUGCAGGACAUCUGCAAGGAUGCUAUGGAGCUUCUGGGCUAUCAGCAAGUCACAUCUGAGGAAGAACAGAAGAACAUGGCGCUGGAUCUCUUAAGGCCAAGGCGUCUGAACGGGCCGAGCCCUCCUUCUUCCUCCGCUUCCCUCCCUCCGUCCUGAGCCCUGGGCGCGCGAGAGGAGGGCACCCUGCACGCGCUCGGGGGGUCCCGCCAGUGGCGCC